AUGGAAGAAAAUGAGGUAAUUUUCAGUCAAAAAAUGCUGAAAAUCCCAGAAUUUUUGAUCUAAUAUGAGUAAUUAUACAAAUUUCAAUGAGAUUUUCGAUGUUUUUGGCUGAAAAAUGCUGAAAAUCUCGAAUUUUCAGUCGAAAAAUGCCCAAAUUUUCAGCAACCUUCUUGCUCUUCUCAAAUAAUUCAAUCAUCAAAUGGACCAAUCGAAUCGAUAUUCGAUUUACCGCAACUUGUUGUCGAUAAGAUUUUCUCGAAUUUGACCUAUGAUGAUAUGUCGAAAUCGAGAGGUGUAAGUGGAGUUUUGGGCGGGAAAAGGGCCUGAAACUAGGCCUUAAAGGCCUGCAAAAUAGCCCAAACCAAGCCUGAAAAGCCCCAAAACCCUUGAUUUCCAGGUGAAUCAGGACUUCAAUGAUUACGUCAAAACCGAAAUGACGAAAGGUUUCGAAAAACUCGGAAAAAUCAUUGCCAACUGCAAAACUGACGUGAAAAAAGAGUUGCCGAAACGAGAAUCGGAAAGAAGAAGACAUCGGCUAACUCGAAUCAAUGAAAUAUAUUCGGCACUUGAUACCAGAUAUUCAUUGCUUGAUUUGACUUAUAAGGUAUGAGUGCGGAAAGACCGCAAGCUUCCGCGCAGCGGCCACGUGGAUUGCUAUGAUAUGGUAAACGUCAUAGUAAUCCGCGUGGCCGCUGACGCGGAAGAUAGUGCCGCUGACGCGGAAGCUUGCGGUUUACACUCGCUUCGCUCGAGCGACAAAGUCGCGAGUGUAGACCGCAAGCUUCCGCGUCAGCGGCACUAUCUUCCGCUUUAGCGGCCACGUGGAUUACUAUGAUAUGGUAAGCGUCAUAGUAAUCCGCGUGGCCGCUAACGCGGAAGCUUGCGGUCUACACUCGCUCCGCUCGAAAAUCCACGUGGCUCGAGCGAAGCGAGUGUAGACCGCAAGCUUCCGCGUGAGCGGCACUGUCUUCCGCUUUAGCGGCCACGUGGAUUACUAUUGCGGUCUACACUCGCUUCGCUCGAGCCACGUGGAUUUUCGAGCGGAGCGAGUGUAGACCGCAAGCUUCCGCGUCAGCGGCACUGUCUUCCGCUUUAGCGGCCACGUGGAUUGCUAUGACGUGGAAUAUCACUAGGAUUCCAAAUUAUAGCAAUCCGCGUGGCCGCUAAAGCGGAAGAUAGUGCCGCUGACGCGGAAGCUUGCGGCCUACACUCGCUCCGCUCGAGCCACGUGGAUUUUCGAGCGGAGCGAGUGUAGACCGCAAGCUUCCGCGUCAGCGGCACUAUCUUCCGCUUUAGCGGCCUCGUGGAUUGCUAUAAUUUGGAAUCCUAGUGAUAUUCCACGUCAUAGCAAUCCACGUGGCCGCUAAAGCGGAAGAUAGUGCCGCUGACGCGGAAGCUUGCGGUCUACACUCGCUCCGCUCGAAAAUCCACGUGGCUCGAGCGGAGCGAGUGUAGGCCGCAAGCUUCCGCGUCAGCGGCACUAUCUUCCGCUUUAGCGGCCACGCGGAUUGCUAUAAUUUGGAAUCCUAGUGAUAUUCCACGUCAUAGCAAUCCACGUGGCCGCUAAAGCGGAAGACAGUGCCGCUGACGCGGAAGCUUGCGGUCUACACUCGCUCCGCUCGAAAAUCCACGUGGCUCGAGCGAAGCGAGUGUAGACCGCAAGCUUCCGCGUGAGCGGCACUAUCUUCCGCUUUAGCGGCCUCGUGGAUUGCUAUAAUUUGGAAUCCUAGUGAUAUUCCACGUCAUAGCAAUCCACGUGGCCGCUAAAGCGGAAGAUAGUGCCGCUGACGCGGAAGCUUGCGGUCUACACUCGCUCCGCUCGAAAAUCCACGUGGCUCGAGCGGAGCGAGUGUAGGCCGCAAGCUUCCGCGUCAGCGGCACUAUCUUCCGCUUUAGCGGCCACGCGGAUUGCUAUAAUUUGGAAUCCUAGUGAUAUUCCACGUCAUAGCAAUCCACGUGGCCGCUAAAGCGGAAGACAGUGCCGCUGACGCGGAAGCUUGCGGUCUACACUCGCUCCGCUCGAAAAUCCACGUGGCUCGAGCGAAGCGAGUGUAGACCGCAAGCUUCCGCGUCAGCGGCACUGUCUUCCGCUUUAGCGGCCACGUGGAUUACUAUGAUAUGGUAAACGUCAUAGUAAUCCACGUGGCCGCUUCGCGGAAGGUUUCCGGUUUACACUCGCUCCGCUCGAAAGUCCACGUGGCUCGAGCGAAGCUUGCAGAAAACCCUCCUCAUUUUCAGAAAUUCAUGAGACAUUCCCAUCAAAUUGUCAACAUUUGCUUCAUUCCCGGCAAAGUUUUGGACGAAUUCCAUCGCGUUUUGGAUAUUUUGAGACGGUGUAGAGAAUCUGGCGGGGAAUUUACGGGAGAUAGCACCGAAUUAUUGAAAGAGAUGAGAGAUUUAUCCAGGUAAGGGGUUUUUUGGGUGAAAAUGAGCCAAAAUUCAUGAAAAUUGGACUUUUUUGAGCCAAAAUCAUGAAAAAUCACGAAAAAUUACCCUAGAACCAUGUUUUCCGCGCAAAAAUCGAUAUUUUCUCAUUGGAGCGCGUUUGCUCGUCCGAUUUCAAAAAAAUUAUUGAAAAUCGCGAUUCUCCCAACCGAAAUUGAAUAAUUUUUUUGAAUUCGGACGAGCAAACGCGCUCCAAUGAGAAAAUAUCGAUUUUUCAUGAAUUUUAGGUCAAAAAAGUCCAAUUUUCAUGAAUUUUCGCUCAAAAUUCAAUUACAGUAUGGCUAUGGAGCACUACGAAGAGCAUAUUCUCCCAAAUUUGGAGUCAAAAGCCGAAUCUCUUGGAAUCGGUGCACUGUCUUUUGACGCCUUCAGUAUUCCGAGUAUCAAAAGGCGAAGAUUUGGAAAAAUGUGUAGAGAUAAUCAUGGACUACAAGUUAUGCCCAAUUUUGAAGCGUGAGUGAGGGUUUUGGGGGAAAAUUUGAGAAAAUUGAUGAAAAAUCGAUAAUUUUGACCCGAAAUUCAAGAAAAUUUGACCUAGAACCCAAUUUUUUCCUUGAAAUUCGUGAAUUUCUCAUUGGAGCGCAUUUGCUCGCCCGAAUUUGAACAAAAUCUAUGAAUUUUAGCUCAAAAAACUCGAAUUUUCAUGAUUUUUUCACUGAAAAUCCCCAAAAAUUUCAAAUUUUUCCAGAAACGCGGUCAAUAAUUCGCCAGCCGCCCGUGAUUUUCCAAAAACAAUGCAAGACAAAAUUGAUGAGAUGCAAAAGAAAAUCGAUUCUCAACAAUUGGAAAUUCGAGCAUUGACUGAAGGAAUCACCGCUAUGACACAGUAUUUUGGACAGGUAUGAAUUUUGAGCCGAAAAUCAUGAAAAAUCACAAAUUUUGACUGUAAAUUUGAAAAAAAUGAUGAUUUUUAAGCUGAAAAUCAUGGAAAAUCACAAAUUUUGACUGUAAAUUUGAAAAAAAAUGAUGAUUUUUAAGCUGAAAAUCAUGGAAAAUCACAAAUUUUGACUGUAAAUUUGAAAAAAAUGAUGAAUUUUGAGCUAAAAAUCCGAAUUUUUGGUUGAAAAUAAGCUAUAAAAUUGAUUUUUGAAUUUUUCUGAAAUUUGGCUGGAAAUUCAACAUUUUCAGAUUGAAAAUAUGCUAAAAAUCUCGAAAUUUCAGUCUAAAAAUUAGAAAAUUUCAAAUUUGACUGGAAAUUCGAAAAUUCAGCCCAAAAUUCCAGAUUUUUCAUUUUCAGCUUAAAAAUAUCCGAAAAUUUCAAAAUUUCAGAUAAAAAAAUUCGAAAUUUUAAAAUUUGACUGGAAAUUCGAAAAUUCAGCCCAAAAUUCCAGAUUUUUCAUUUUCAGCUUAAAAAUAUCCGAAAAUUUCAAAAUUUCAGAUAAAAAAAAUUCGAAAAUUCAGCCCAAAAUUCCAGAUUUUUCAUUUUCAGCUUAAGAAAAUCUCAAAAUUUCAGUCUAAAAAUCCGAAAUUUUCAGAUUUUUCUAGAAUUUUCAGCCAAAACCCCCCCAAAUUUUCAGGCUUUCCCCAAACAACGUCAAAAUCUACGCCGAUUCCUCCACCGUUUUCCGAUUUUCAACGGCGGAAUUCUGCAGAACUCUCCAGAAGGAACUUCUGGAUGUUCAGCUUCAACUUCAGGAACACCCCAAAAAACUUCAAGAAAGCGAAAAAUUGCGGAAGAAAACCAAGAAGAAGUAUCAAAAAGUUUGUAA